AUGGCGCCACCCGCGCUUCCGCUUCAUCGUCAUCAAUCAUCCCUCGAGGGCAUAAUUGACUUCUCCUCACGGCCACCUCUAUCAGUCGAUGAUCGUGCUUCUGCUACCCGUCGGUUUUACCAAGUCAUCAACCAUUUUGAUAACGAUGACAUUGGACAAAAUCACGACAAAUAUGACCGGAUCAAGCUUAUUCACUCCACCUAUGAAUACUCCAUCAGUGAAGAAUCUCAAAGCAGUCUGCUGAUUGCUUUAUUUGAGUUUCUCAAUCUAUCGCCAUCAGCUCAUGAGGACAUUGACUUCCAGGAUUCAACAUAUCGGGCAGAGCUGCAGGCAGUCAAGGCAUUAACCAAAAAGACUCCGCAGCCUACGCCAGCAUCUCACUCAGCCGUUAUGAGAACCCAGCGCCAGGGUCAUAUCUUUUCUGGGACACCAGAGCGCAUAGCCAGCCUGAGAGGUGCCUGCCUCAUAAGAGAUCGCUAUCGCUGCGUGGUCUCACGCAAGUUCGAUAAGGCUGAGGCUUUACGGCGCUACCGCCAACAUGAUGAACCCGAGCCUCGUGACCAAGACGGUGCUCCUCUGAAGGGUCAAAGCUUCGCCUAUCUUGAGGUGGCACACAUUCUACCGCAUUCACUCACCCGACUUAGUUCUUCCGGGGAGCUGAAUCCCUCAAGAGUAGCUGCGCUGACCAUACUUAAUAUGUUUGAUAGCGGAGCUGCUUACUUGAUUGAGGGAGUCGACAUUGAUCGACCUGGUAAUGCUUUGACGCUUACUCAAAAUCUGCAUACAUCGUUUGGCGACUUUCAGGUCUAUUUCGAGCCUGUCGAUAAUCAGCCACAUACGUAUCGUAUAGAUACUGUUCUUCCUCCUGGCUUGGAAGAAGAUGUCCCUGUUACUCGAACGCUUUAUCUUACUGAGGACAGAAGCAUUGACCCGCCGUCGCCGAGACUUCUUGCUAUUCAUCGUGCCAUCGCGCAUAUUUUACACCUUUCCGCGGCGGGCGAAUACAUCGAUAAGAUACUGAGUGAUGCUGAUGAGCAUGGCAUUCGAUCAGAUGGCUCGACUGAGCUUCAUCGUCUUCUCAAAUUGCGCCUAGAAGACUGGGCGGUUGCCCAGGUCUACAGCUGA